AUGACUUUCAACGUCUUCCUUACCGGCCUUCUCGCUGCUACUGCUGCCGCCCUCCCCUACUCCGCUCGAUCCGGAGAAUCCGGAGAAUCCGGCGCCAUUGAGACCCGCGGUUCCGGCAGCGGCGGUCUUCAGAUCGUCAACAACAUGGGCAAGGACCUCUACCUGUGGACCACCUCUUCCGAUGCUGGCAGCAUGAAGACCCUUAGCACCGGAGGUGACUACAGCGAGGGCUGGACCACCAACUCCAACGGUGGCGGUAUCUCCAUCAAGAUCUCCACCAGCGAGACCAAGGAUAGCGUUCUUCAGUUCGAAUACACCCAGGAUGGCUCGACUCUGUUCUGGGAUAUGUCCUCCAUCGAUCUCGAUGCGACUUCCGACUUUGUCAAGUCUGGCUUCACCGUUGUGCCCAGUGACUCGAGCUGCAAGUCAGUUUCUUGUGCCGCUGGUGACGCGAACUGCAAGGAUGCUUACCAGCUCCCCGAUGACGUGAACACCUACUCUUGCUCUUUGAGCUCCGGUUUCACUCUCACUCUGGGAUAA